UUGCUAGCACAAAUGGAUCAAAAGUCGUACGGAUGAUAUACACUCGACCCGAAAUGGACACUUAGCGAUGAAAUCCGGAUUCACAAAACCCUAGCGACCUCGAUUCCUCCCCAGGCAUGGCCGUCGGCCCCUACACUCUCCGCGUCUCCCCGCCGCCGCGGCUCGAUGCCUUGCUCUUCCCACAGCUGCGGCCUCACCUACGUUGCCGCGUGUCCGCUCGGGUUGCUGCCGCCGGCACCAGCUGGUCUCCCGCCGCCGGUGACUCCGAAGAUGGGGUCGGCGGCUGGUGGGUUCCCGAGUACGAGAAGCCGAUGAAACAGGGGAGGAGGAUUGGGUUUGGGAGAGCUGUCGUGGUUGGGCUGGGAGCUCCUGUGGCGAUCGCCUUGGCUGGGCUGGCGUGGCGCUUCCCAUCCUCCAGGAAGCGUAUACAGCAACUCAUUGUUGCUCCAUUACACUAUGUUCAAGAGAAAAUGUCAACAAUGGAGUCAACAGAGACAAUCAAGGAGGAUGCAAGUGACAGGGAAUCUGAUGAAAUUGAAAUUUCUAGUGCAACACAUGAUAAGAAGGCUGAAGCAAUAACUGAUGAUUCAAGGCAAAACUACAGAACAGAAACUGCCAGCCAUUUUCCAUUUGGAGUUCCUACAGAUCCUGUACAUGAGGAGGCUUUCUCUAUAUUGAAGAAGCUACAGAUAAUUGAGAAAGAUGUUAGCUCCAGUGAUUUUUGUACACGGAGGGAAUUUGCAAGAUGGUUUGUUAAGUUAUGCUCAAAGUUUGAGAGGAAAAGGAUGCAAAGGAUUGUUCCUAGUAAAUUAACUUCUGGCGCGGUCCAAUGUGCCUUUGAUGAUGUCAAUAUUGACGACCCAGACUUCCUAUAUAUCCAAUCUUUAGGAGAAUCUGGUAUCGUAUCCAGCAAGUUGUCAAACUCCUUGGAAACACUGACAAGUGGCUCUCAUUCCAAGGGAAAUUCCUUGUUCCUACCUGAUAGUUACCUCUCUCGUUUCGAUCUUGUCAACUGGAAAGUGCUUGUUGAGCAUCCAUUUGCAGAAAUAGACCAAAAGAUGCUGAGUCAAAAUGUUUGCAUUUUGGAUCUGCGUGCCUGCCCAGAUGUUUCUCCGUCCAUGCUCAUAGAGCUAAUGGCUGGUGAAAACAGCAUCAUCAGCAGAGUUUUUGGAAAUACUAGACGCCUUCAACCAGACAAACCUGUAACUAAAGCGCAAGCAGCUGCUGCACUAACCAGUGGUCGAAUGAAGGAAGCAAUUCAGGAAGAGUUAAAUAGACUUGAAGCAGAAAACCAAGCCCAUCUUUCUGUUAUAGCUGAAAUAUUGGAAGAGUUAAUUAGUAGGGGAGAUAUACAACAACAAUGGGAGGAAAUGAUGAAAAAGGAGCAAGAACGGGCUCUUAAAGUUGACAAUAAUCUUCAACAUGUGUUGCAUGAGCUUGCAAAUGAGAGGACAGACAGAGAAGAGGAACUAGCAGACUUGUUGAAAGAAAGAGCAGAUUUAGAACGCCAGAAUCAGGAACUUAUAAAUUUAAGGUCAGAAGUUGAUGGAAUGUAUGAUAGAUUAGCAACUGAGAAUGAAGAGGUCAUGGCUGAUCAGCAAACUUUGGAAAACCAGUUGUCCGACAUGACCAGCAAGCAUCAAACUGUCAAUGAAGCUAAAUCAUAUCUUGAAGCUGAGAAGGAAGCUCUUACAAUGCUAAGGACUUGGGUGGAAGAUGAAGCAGCACGUGUCCAUGAACGAGCUGAGACACUUGAGAAGGCUUUGAGAAGAUGGCGAAUCCCAGAAGAUUGAUCCUUCCAAACUAACUGUGUUUUGCAUCGGUAAAGUCUUGCUCAAAGUUUUUGAAGCUCUUUGGCUCCAGAGCAUAUGCCAUCUGAAUAAUUCUCAAUGGUAUGGGAUGGUUGUGCCUUAAUGUUCUAUUAGUUUAUUUUCCUUUGGUGCUUCUUGACAUCUUGCUGCCAUUCUAAGGGCACACUGGCACCUGGAAACCUUUUCCGCAUUCAUGUAGAUAUUUUUGAUGCCUUGAUGUUGUAGCUGUGCUCGUCAAGUCUAAACUGGAUCUUGGUACAUGGGUGUACUUGCGUGAAACUGUGCAAGCCUGGAAGGGUGUUGCUCCUUCAAAUUUCAUGCUAUAUGCUA